AUGGCUCCUGCAAUUAAUCUACAUAUCCCACUCCUUCUCUUCUAUCCCAAUGCUGCUGAUGCUAAUACUAACAAUGUCAUUGCCACCAACGAAAGAUGUCAGCAUCUAAUGAAAUCUUUAACUACAACUCUUACCCACUUCUACCCUUUAGCAGGAAGAAUCAAAGGUCACGCCGUAAUUGAAUGUAACGAUGAUGGAGCUGAAUUUGUGAAAGCCGGAGUCACGUGCUCCUUAUCAGAGAUUUUGGAACACCCAGAUGCCGAGAUGUUAAGACGAUUCCUUGCUAUUGAUCAAUCCGACUCCAGAGAAUCAGCCACAAGCCCAUUGCUUCUUGUUCAAAUCAACUUGUUUGAGUGCGGUGGAAUGGCAAUUGGGUUUAGCAUUUCGCAUAAGUUUGCUGAUACCUCAACACUGAGCUUAUUCAUCAAUUGUUGGACUGCAACCUGCCAUAAUCAGUCAAAUAAGUUAAUG